AUGCUGUAUCCAAAGCAGUUGGAAAUUAUUAUUCAUUUCCUAGAAAAGAACCGAGAUGUUGUUGCUGGAAGAGCUGCUGGACCUAAUGCAAAAAAAAUCAUCAAAGAUAAGUGGCAAAUUCUUGCUGAUAAACUUAAUAGUGUGGGAUAUGGGUUUAAGACUGCCGAUAAAUGGAUGAAGACAUGGACUGACAUGAAAUAUAAUUUAAAGAAAAAAGCGGCGGAAACUAAAAAGGAGCAAACUAAAACAGGAGGUGGUUUAGGAGUUACGAAAGUAUUGACUCCGUUUGAGGAGAGGGCAUUGCAGUUGCUCGGUUCGAGUUUUAUUGGCCUAAACGAGCCAGAAGUUGGUUUGCCAAAAUCUUAUUCAACAUUUCCCUUAAUUCCACCAAUUAAUGAAAACAGAAAUGAACCAUCCACUCCAAAAUUGAUUGAUGAAAAUAUCUGCCACAUCACACGUGAACACUCAACAAAGGCUUUGGAGUCAUCUGGUUCUGUCAGUGGAUGUUCAGAAUCUUAUUUAUUAGGAGAUGAUAUACAGAGGAAUCUAAAUAACAUUACCACAGUUUUAUCUGAGGUUUUAGUUCCUCACUUGGAACAGACUCUCAGGGGUAGACUUCCAGAUCUUUCUGUUUUCUCAACCAAGGAACAAAAUGGGAGUUUAAAAAACGAUACAGGCAAGGACGCAACCAACGACUGCCCAUAUUCAGAGAGGUAA